AUGGCUGAUGGCAUCCUCUGCCUGAAAAGUGUCAUUGAUGACGAACACAUCUCUUUACUCAAUUUUGUCUAUCCAGAUCUUGAGAAAAUGGGUAAUGAAACUUCCACACUGGCCAACGAACAUCUUCCCAUCAGCAUUAGUGAUGAUGUUACAUUCGUCUUGGUAUUCUCGAAUUGGUGGCUCAGCGGGACUCGCUCAGAUUGCGACGGCCCUUGGGGAGGGUGUAUUCGUCACGGUGGAGCAGACGAGGAAUGCAGACCUCGCGACUAG